UAUGCAGUUUGACAGUGUUGCCAAGUAUUUUCCUAACAAAAAUAUGCAUGACAAGCUUUCUAGCAACUCAUAUCUAGCUAUGCAAUAUACUUCAGCUUCAAUUAACAUUUUGCCUAUGAGUGAUGUACACCAACAAUUUUCUAGCAUUGCAGCAAAUUAUCCAUCUAAUUUUAUUAACAAUGCACAUAUUUAUAAGAGUGAUAUUCUCUUUAUGCCUUCCAGAUAUUCAUUUUCAUCUAUGCAGUAUAACUCCAGAGUUGACAGGGUUCAGUACAGUGAUAGACCUUUGCAGCACUUAAUGCCAUAUUAUUCUAGAAGUGACAAUGUUCAUAACAGUGAUGAACUUCCAUUGCUCAAAACUGAAAUAUUUUCAUCUAUGCAGUUAAGUAUAAGUCCUCACAGGGAUUUGCGUGUGAUAGUCCCCAGCAACAAAGGUGCUGUUAAUACACCAACUUUCUUCUCAGACAAGGGUUUUCAAAGCCAGAUUGUUACAAAGACUUCAGAAGAAUUGUUGUUCACAGAGCAUGGUGCUGUAGCAAGUAAAAGCUAUGAUAAAGAAAAAGCAGAAAACAUUAUUGACUUAGAUACCACUUUAAACAAUAUUUUCCUUCCCAAAUCUAACAAAAACACUGACACUGAGAGCCCUGGAUAUGGAAUACCAAAUAUAUGUUUAGGUGAUCAAACAGUUUUUUAUGCCAGCUUGAUUUUAUAUAUGAUUGAUAGCCUUACAUCUGCUCAAGAAGACAUUCUUAAAAACAAGUGGGCAAAUUUUAUUUCUAAAGAUCAUAAUAUGAUUUUCAUUGAUAAGGAGGAAUCCGAUGUUCAGGGUUUGAGAUAUAAUGGAAAGUAUAUUUUGACAGCUGGGCCAGGAAAUGCAAUCGAGUCUUUGUCUAAAAGUUUAGAAUUGUCAUGGCAUCUAGCAUGUGAGAAGUUUGAUCAAGUAGAAGAUUUCACCCAAGUUAUGCAGCAUAACAUUGAAGUUGGAAGAGUCACUAAGGAGAUUGGCUUUGAUGUGAUUGCCUGGUAUGUUUAUACAGAUAGACCUUUGCCGAAACGUGUCCGACGUCAAGCUCAUUCAAGACACAGACGAACUGCAACACCAACAUAUUCACCACCAGUGCCAACAACGUUAUCUGAAAUGUUGUCAACUGAAACUGAUAUGUCAUUAUUAUCUUCUUCAUUCUUUUUCUCUACAGAGGUUUUAAUCCCAUUUAUAACUUCCUCUUCAUCAUUAGCAUCUUUGCCAACUUCACUAUUUUCAGUAAUACCACUGAGCACACAACCUGAUUCUUUUUUCUCCAUCAGUUUGAGCUCAAGUGUUACUAGUGAUUUUUUUGAAUUUUCAGAUAGUUUUACUUCAUUGUUUACAACAAAUACUGAAUUAUCAUCAUCACCUUUAUUUGUCAGCAAAUCUUAUUCUGUCUUAUCUCCAACAAUUUCUUAUUCAGAUGUUUCCUUAUUGUCUUUUCCUACAACUGUGAUUUUACCAUCAUCUUCAAUUGCAAUCUCUCAAACUUCAUUUAUUCCAACCACCACAAAGUUAUCGGUUGUUUUCUCACUCACAAAAAAGAGCAGUAGCAAUUCUGUGGUAGUUUGGCCUACACCAAGUUUGACAUCUUUCUCCUUUUCUGAUGCAAUAUUUUCAUCAAGUAAGACAACUCUUCUUGAUAUCACUACUUCUGAAUCAUUUUACAUUCCACCAUCUCAAAGGUACUCUACAUCUUUUACAUCAAAUAUUUCUUUUAUAUCUUCAUCAAGAAUAGGAUCAUCUUAUUCAGCAGUUAUAUCCUCUAUGUCUCCUUUAGUCUCUUCUGGCAUUCUCACUUCCUCCAUUGAAUCCAGAGUCUCUGAACAAUCUAUGACCUCAUCAAAAGACAUUGUAUUUACAACAUUGUCAGAAAUAUCAAGUUUCAGUUCUUCACAAUCUGAACUUUUUCUCUCAUCAGGACUGCCAUUAUCCACAUCUUCAUCUUCAUAUUUGCUUUCAUCUCCUGUAAAGAUUACAAGCAUACCAUUUGCAAUUACUAGUUCAUCACCGUCAAUUAGUUUUAUAGGUACUUUUGAAUCAUCAAUGUCAUUAACAUCAUUAUUACUUUCAACAUCAUUUGUUUCUACAUUUAGUACAGUUGUUGCAAAUUCAUCUGACUUUUCAUCUGACUUUUUGUCUAUGGAAUCAGUUUCAUUACCUUCAAGUUAUUUGGAGACAUCAACUUUUCAAACAUCAUUUAUGUCAACUUCAUCAGGUUACCUAGCACUCAACUCAACAUCAGAUUUUAUAAUUGAUUCAGUUACAUCAAGGUUUUAUUCACAGUCUACAGAAAAGACAUCUCUGAAGUCUUCACAGACAUUGACACCAUCAUUUACACCAUCUUCAGAAUAUACGACCAUCUCUGCACCAUCAGUGGUGUCAUCAACAUUAACUUCUUCUGAUUUUAUUUCAAAUUCAAGUUCAGUAAAUACUUUACCAAUUGAAAAAACUACUUUGACUCCUUCAUUAUCAACAGCAUCAUCAUUAGUGUCUUCUUACCACAGCGAUAUCUUUUCAUCAACAUUUUCUUCAGUCACAUCAUUGGAAACUUUUACUACAACUAAUGCAUCUGAUAUUUUAAGUUCAGUACUCAGUUCACCAAUGGUUUCUACAACUGGCAUUCUAUCAGUCACUAUCUCUUCUUUUUUGACUAUUGACACAAUAUCACCUUCUGCAUCAAGUUCAGACUCAUUACCUGUUGUGACGCCAAGUUUUCCAGAAGUUACUUCUAGAUUUUCAGCAACGUAUUCGACAUCCGAAGCAUUAACAACUUCAUUUCAAAUAACUACACCAUCUACAUCGUCAGAAGCUUCAGUGAUGUCAACAGUUGUUGCAGCUACAAUUAUUUCACCAACAAGAGUAUCAGAGACAUAUUCAUUAACAUCUCUGUCAAGUACAAGAGUUGUAUCUACUGCUGCACCUGACCAGUCCCCAAAAUUGGUGAAAUCCAUAGACCAUCUUAAUGUAGUGGUUGGUCGAUACUUUGAAUACCAGAUCCCGGAAGAUACUUUCUCCGACAAAGAGGACGGUAACACGAGAAAUCUAACUUUGCGGCUCAGUCUGACUUACAGUAAACCGUUUCCCAAAGGUUCUUGGCUUAUGUUCAACGAAAGUACGCAAACGUUUUAUGGAAUUCCUCUACGAAAUGAUUCAGAAGGAGGUAAAAGGAUCAGUGAGUUUACUCUUAUCGCGAAAGAUUCAAAAGGUCAGGUUGCCAAAGAUGCGAUAACAUUGACAUACGAGUACGAAAAAAAUGUGAAUCAUAAAAUAAGUGUAAUGUUGAAUGGCAGUUAUGAAAAAUUUACUGAUGACAGGAAUAACUUGAUUCAGGUAGCUAGAAAACUAGCAGACUUCUAUGAAGAUGACGAGUUGAACUUUUUGUCUUUUUCUAGUGUGGAGAAAGGGUCUGUGUUGAUUGUUUGGAGUAAUAAUUCCUUGAUAGGGACCUCUUGUCAGAAAGAAGAGAUUCAAAAUCUCUAUGAUAGACUCACUGAUGAGAAUGGAACAAUAUCAGACCAAUUUUUAGCAUUAUUUACGGACUACAUACCAAUGAAUACAAGUCUGGAAUUUUUGGGGGCGUGUCUUUUACCAAUUUCAUCCAUAGCUCCGCCCACCCAAUCUCCUGUUGCUGAAACUGAUAACAGAAUGUGGAUAGAAAUUGUUCUUCCUGCUUUAAUUGCCAUAUUAGUUAUAGUUAUUAUAGCUUUAUUACUUUUAAUCUGUUGUCGACACAGACGACCAAGCAAAGAAAUCAAAGAUUCAGAUAAACCCGCCUUCCUUGAAGAUCGACGCCCAAUUAUCUUCCCAGAUGAACUGGAAAUGGUUGAUCCCUCAUUAAAACCAAAAACACCUCUUGUGCUUCCAUCAGACUAUUUAACAGAGACUCCGCCUGCUGUUCCACCUCAUGGACGGCAAGCCCCGCCCUAUCGUGCAGCAAUGUUAGAUGAUGAUAUGUUUUCAGGGGAGGACGAUGAUCAGCCCCCUCCACCUUCAUAUAGAGGAGAUUCACAGAACACUGAACCACCACCAUACCGUCUACCUCCACCAUACUUUAAUCCACAUAGAAUGGCAUAGGUUAUUUCAUAGUUAAGGACACUAAUAUAGUAUACACUGAUUUACUGUUAACCAUUAUAUUUGUAUAAUGUAUGAAGUGCAUGGCUCUCAUUUAAAAAAUACAGAAAAAUUUCAAUGUAAGAAAAAAUCAUUAAAAUAUGAUGUUAAAUAUUGAGAUACAUUUUUGUUAAUUGCAAACGAUUCAUGAAAACAAAUUCUGAAGAUAUAUAAAUGAAUGAAAAUACCUAAUGUAUAUUUCUUUAGGAUACAUAUAGUAUUUUUCCAUCAUAUUCAGUAUUUUGAAUGUAUAGAACUACACCUAUUUAUUAAUCAUAAUUAAUUUCAUUUUACAAAGUCAGCCAUCAUCCUUUGUCCGCCAUUGAAACAAAAUUAUCACUGCACAUGAUUUACAUUUGUAUUAAAUGCAUUAAUUAUAGAAUCAAGUAAAACAUGAAUAGAAGUAUUAUUUUUGUACCCACUGUUAGAUUUGUAUCAAUUAUUUCAUUUUUAUAGGAAAAAAACUAACUUUUAUAUAAAUUAUAGAAAAUUUAUGGACAACUAGUUUUAUAUGAGCUGUAAAAUUAU